AUGCCGCUGCUGAUGUUCAAACAGAAGCAACACGGGCAGUUUCUUCGGGCGAUGCGCCAGCCACCCCGCAGCACGCCGUUUUUCCUACUGGCGGUGUUUUUGCUGCUGUUGGUGUGUUGCACCGCUGGGUGCCUCGCCGUCGCUCCCGCUCGGAAGCACCGCUGCGGGUUUGCCGAGAUGAUGAGGAGGGGGCCGCCGGCGACUGCGGUGGUGCGUGACGUGCCGCGCAGAGGACAGGGCGAGAUGCAUGCGUACACCGUCGCCGCACAAGGCGUGGGGAGUGAGUGGGCCCCGAUCCGCAUCAAGGUGUCUGCGAAGGACAUGGACGAUCAGUCGAAGCACUGCCUCCCAGGGAAGCAUUGGCGCCUGGUCGGCAACAGCUGGAAGGAAUGCACGGAGGACAUGAUGUUGACGGAGGCGAAGAAGGACAUUAUUUUGAAGCAACUCCUCCCGGCCGCAAUUAAGCUGCACGCCGAGCGUCUGUACGUGAGGCCCAUGCAGGAUCCCAUCCGUAUGCCAAAGAAAGAUUUAGGGUUGUGCACCGGUUUAAACAUCCCUUCCUGGCACCACACGAUCGGCGUGAGCGGCGCCGACAUGGUGCUCUACAUCGACGCUCUCCCGGCUAACGGCGCUACCGCAUGGGCGUCUUACUGCGCCUUUCUGGAGGACGGACGCCCGUGCGCUGGUAUCGUGAACUUUGACCCCCAGGCACUUAAAGGCCACUCAUGA